AUGCCUUGCAACCCGCCGGGGCGCCUGGCGUCAUUUGCGAGGGUGAAUGCCGACAGCGCGCCAGAACUGUGGAUUGGCUGGUUCUACCACGGGCGCAAUGCGGAGUGCAGCACUGCAGACGACCAAAGGGGUCAUCUCAUGCACAACUUAGGCGUCGUCGGGAUGAUCUUCUUGUCUCAGUCUUCUGCGGCCGUCGGUCAGGGCUAUCAUGGCCUGGAACGGCAUUCUCGCACACAACCUCUCCAGCUGCGGCCUUUCAUGUCUUCUGCGGCCACUGCUGCGGCCGACGGAGAACGCGCGCACCCGCGGAGCGUGCCAGCCAUCCGCCACCCCAAUCUCCUGGCCGGCUCUGGCAUCCCGCGCCCAGAUUGCAUGUGCUUUUCUGGCACUUCUUCCGAGCUUCCCACAGCGGAAGCGCACGUAGAUACUGACACUGUUGUCGGCCAGAACUUCGCUUCAUAUCUGAACCUGGAUGGGGUCCGGGGCAUCGGGCGGGACACGGCUCGCUAG